CGACCCUCCACUACAUUUGCACUGGUCCUGCUGUGUACCGCGACUGCAGUUCACGCCAAGCUAGGUGCUCCAGGAGGUCCAAGGAAACUGCACUACGAUGUUCCUGAUGCUUUUGAGGUGAUCUCGGCCUUUCCUUUUUCCGUGGCGAUAAUGGACUCGGACAACGACACCAUCUUCGAAUGCCUGACUUCCAACCGCACUCACAUCGACUACGAGACCAAGAAGGCCACGUUUGUCUGGACCGUUGGAGGGACGAGGAAUGUGCCCAAGCAGGAAGUUCCGUUCUUCGUGUCACCUGGGUCUACGCCUGGAACAAUGGACAUGCUUAUCGGGGACGAUCCAGACGUAAAGGAGGGCAUAUUCUACUACUUUGGCCAAGACUGCAUCGUGAUGGAUCUUGAGUAUCGCGGGCAUCUGUGCAUUCUGUGGACAGCUCGGUAUCUGAUGCACCAUGUGCCUCCGGAGUGUAUUGACCAGUUUGUCGACACCUGCGGCGUGGAUGUCGAUCCGCGCAGAAGGGACCUCUGCCCCGACGACUAAUCAGACUUCUUGGUAAUAAUAUGGCAAGAGGACAAAUGUGUUUUUUAUGGUGUUUUCUGAUGCACAAUAGAAUGGGAAGCUUCUGCUGGUGUGGUAAAACGGGCUAUGCAUCAACAUCGAAUUGUAAUAAACUUGGUUUGA